CGCUCUCUCUCUCCAUCACAGAACUCCCAGUAUAAAAUUGUAUAUUAGCUCCAACCAGAAACCAACCCACCAACAUUCUCUCUCUCUCUCUCUCUCUUCUUUCUCUCUCUAAAAUAAUGCGCUCCGCCGCCGCUGCUCCUCCGGCUCCUCCUCUCCGUCUCCUCCUCCUCUUGUUCGCUACCUUCUACACUUUCGACGUAGUAGCGGCUGCCGCCGGCGAUUCGACUGCCGGAGAGAACCCAUUUACGCCCAAGGGUUAUGUAAUGCGUUACUGGAAGAAGCAGAUCUCAAACGAUUUACCCAAGCCGGAGUUCUUGCUAAAGAAAGCCUCGCCGCUGAACGCCGCCCAAUACGCUGCCUUCUCUAAGCUCGCCGAUCAGAACUUGCUUUCCACUCAGCUUCCAGAUUUCUGCUCCAAGGCUAAUCUGCUCUGCUUCCCCGAUUUAUCUCCCAGCCUCGAGAAGCACGACGGAAACGUGAACUUCGCCUCUUACUCGAACAAGAACUUCACCAACUACGGCACGGAUCGGCUCGGUGGAACUGACUCGUUCAAGAACUACUCCGACGGUGAGAAUGUUCCCCUCGACUCGUUCCGCCGCUACAGCCGCGACUCCACCGGCCACAACGACAAGUUCACCAGCUACGCCACGGAUGCUAAUGUGGUGGACCAGAGCUUCAACACCUACGGCACCAGCGCCACCGGCGGCAAAGGGCAAUUCGAUAACUACAACAGCCAAGUCAACGUGCCCAACCUCCGCUUCACCGCCUACUCCGACAACAGCAAUGGCCGCCAACAAUCCUUCACCCAGUACACCGACGAGGCCAAUGCCGGCGACCAGAGGUUCACCAGCUACGGCAAGAACGGCAAUGGCGCGGCUAAUGAAUUCACCAGCUACGGCAAAGACUCCAACGUAAUGGGCUCCACCUUCAACAACUACGGCGAGAGUGGCAACGGUGCCAACGACACUUUCACUUCAUAUGGGACUAAUACAAACGUCCCCGAGAACAAUUUCAAGAAUUACGGCUCUCAGGGCAAUGCUGCAACAGACACUUUCAAGAACUACAGAGAUCAAUCCAACGUCGGAGACGACAGCUUCGAUUCUUACGGCAAAAAUUCCAACGCCGCAAAGAUCGAUUUCGUGAACUACGGCCAGUCAUUCAACGAGGGCACCGAUAAAUUCACCGGCUACGGCAAAGAUUCCACAGGCCCAUCCGUCGGCUUCAAGAUUUACGGCGUGAACAACACCUUCAAAGAGUACAACAAGAAGGGCGUCACAUUUGCUAGGUACAUUAAUGAUAGCUCAUCAUCUCUGGAGGCAUCUUUGGCCGCCAAGGGCAAAAUGGUAAAUAAGUGGGUCGAGCCGGGGAAGUUCUUCAGGGAGUCCAUGUUAAAGACCGAUACCAUCAUGCCAAUGCCCGACAUCCGCGAUAAAAUGCCUAAAAGGUCGUUUUUACCCCGGGUGAUCGUGUCCAAAUUACCCUUUUCGACCUCCAAACUUGGAGACCUAAAGAAGCUUUUCCACACGGAAGACAAUUCCAGUAUGACGAGCAUGAUCACGGAUGCAUUAGGUGAGUGCGAGAGGGUGCCAAGCCCUGGUGAGACAAAGCGGUGCGUGGCCUCGAUAGAGGACAUGAUCGACUUUGCAACGUCGGUCCUAGGGCGGAACGUGGCGGUUCGAUCCACGGAAACCACCAAAGGGUCUAAUGGUAAAAUCAUGUUGGGGCAAGUCAAAGGGAUCAACGGUGGGAAAGUCACCAAAUCAGUGUCUUGUCACCAGAGCCUGUACCCGUACUUGCUCUACUAUUGCCAUUCAGUUCCAAAAGUCCGGGUCUACGAAGCGGAUAUCCUGGAUCCGAAAUCCAAGGCCAAAAUCAACCACGGGGUUGCCAUUUGUCACCUGGAUACCUCUUCUUGGAGCCCGGGUCAUGGAGCCUUCAUAGCAUUGGGUUCGGGCCCCGGGAAGAUAGAAGUUUGCCACUGGAUCUUCGAGAACGACAUGACAUGGACAAUCGCAGAUUAAGGAUGCAAUGCAUGUCCUAAAAUGGAGUCUUGUUUUGUAAGGUCGGGUUGAGC